GCACCCUUUCACAGACUUUUAACAGCGAGCGAGCUCAUACAUCAAGAAAGGCUCAGAUGAUCGAUGACAUCUUUGCCCUUAUUCGACUCACUAGUAGCUUAUAAUAGACCUGGGCUAGGAUGCUCUUCUCUAGCCUAGCGUAGCCACAGCUCUCCUCGUCCGGUGCUCAUGUUCGUCCGAAUCUACGAAUUAUCUCUGACCAUAAUCAUUAAUGUAGAUAAGCUUGACUAGUAGUACUCGCCUUCUUCUACUGCUACUACUACUCCUUCAGGCGAGUGUGCUCUUUUAUCGUGUCUUGCUGGACUUGUGGAGAUACUCCAGUUGAUCCUUCCCAUAAUCUACGUAGCUGUCAGCUCGGCUGCGAAUCCCUGUCACACGCAGCAGUCAUUCAUUCAUUCAUUCAUUCAUUCAUCCCCAGGUGAGCCCGAGUCCAACGCAGCCGGGUCCCAGUGCGCAAGGACCUUGCGCUCGAGCUCGAGCUAGCUCCAUCAUAACGUCGUUGGGGAAAACUUUGUCCGACUCAUUGUCUUCCGAACUACAGGUUCUCGGUUCAUGUUCAGAAUUCAAAGUGGCUGGCUGCAGCUGGAUGUAGCUAGCUAGCUAUCUAAUUAUCCAUCUAUCCAUUUAUCUGCAUCCAUCGGCGUCCAAAACAUCUGCAUACACCAUAGGACAUACACUCCUGAAGAUGGGAGUCAGUUGCAGGCCUAGGCAUGCGAAAUCUCCCAGGCUGUUGCUGCAGGGGGGAGUGGUGUUGCAAGUCUUCGUCUUCGGAUUGCUCUUCCACCAUGUAGCUCAUCACUCCGCAGCUGAAGCUGCACGGGAAUUCGCAACAGCAGCUGCUGACGCACAGAAGACAUUUAGAGCCAGAUCCAAGUCAUCAGAAAAUGUUGCCGACCAGAUGGAUUCCACAGAUGGGAAGGACGGAGGGCUAAAUUUCACACUCUCGGACGGUGAUCAGGUUUCCUGCGUUCCUAUCAAAAGGCAGCCGUCUCUGACCAAGCGCAUGACUGCUGGGCGAACUGUUCCAUUACAGCUCAGCCCCUCAUCAUCAGUGAAGCGACGGCACUCGACAGCUUCCAGCAGAGGUGCCAAGAUUGCCAAUCAGACAUUCCAAGUAGAAGUCGGGUCGUGUCCCGAUGGCACAAUUCCGGUUCGGAGAUCAAGGGACAUUUACAACCUGACCGAUUUCUUCUUCGAGACGCAGUUCGAGAGGCACUUUUCCGAUCAGGACAACGCAUCGACUCGGAGAAACUCGAACCCAAGAAUACGCAAGCACGCACCUCCGAGCUUUACUCGACCUUCUGAUGGCAACUACACUGAAUCUAAUGACUCGGACUCAACUCCUCAUGAGCAUGCCUUCGUGAUCGUCAACGGCACCGAGACCAUCAAGGGCAUGGAGGUGGUUCUGAACAUAUGGGAGCCCUACGUGGAGAACGAGGACGAAUUCAGUUUGGCUCAAUUUUGGCUGAUCAGUGGUUCGUACAAGGGCCAAAAUGCCCCGGUGGGCAAAUACAGCUCCAUUCUCAACACCAUAGAGGCCGGAUGGCAGGUAUUUGAAGGCCUGUAUGGCGAUAAUCGGUCCCGGCUGUUUCUCUUCUGGACAGCCGAUGCUUACAACGAUACCGGAUGCUACAACUUGUACUGUGAUGGCUUCGUCCAAGUGAGCAACAAAGUGCUGGUGGGCGGCUCCUUCACUCCCAUGUCUCAACUGAACUCCACUCAGUACGAGAUCGACCUUCUUGUCUUCAGGGACAAGUCGAGCGGCAACUGGUGGUUGCUGCUGAACGACGAGCCGGUGGGCUACUGGCCGUCGGAGCUGUUCACGAGCCAGCUGCGCGACUCGGCGACGUACAUGGAGUUCGGCGGAGAGAUUACGGACGACGAGAGCACGGGCGGGCAUCGUCACACGCGAACGCAGAUGGGCAGCGGCUUCGAGCCUCAGGCGGGCCAUAAGCUCGCAGCGUACCAGCGCAACAUUCAAUACGUCGACGAGCACCUGCGACUGCACGAUGCGCGCAUCCGAUUAGGCCCCGCCGAGGCCCCCUCCUGCUACAGCGCCCUCAUCAGCCACGAGAUUCCGGACUGGGGUGCCAAUUUCUUCUACGGCGGCCGAGGCUCCUCGCCCAGGUGCUCCCGCCAUGCCUAGCCCGAUUCUUCGACUUCCACUCCCUCCCAUGCCCGAUGUCAGAUCCGACCCCACGACCCGCACGAACCCGAAAGUGCCCGA